CUCAUUUCUAAACACGCAAAACAUCUUGACUAUCUUAGACAAAACUAGGGGGUCUAAGAUAAGAUUCAUUCCAAAGGCUGCAGGACUUGGAUUCGGCUGACAUUUUUCCACACAGCUGGGACAAAAUGAUCCGUUUCCUGUUGCUGUUCAGUCGGCAGGGGAAGCUGCGACUACAGAAAUUUUACACACCUUUAACAGACCGAGAGAAGAAAAAAGUGAUCCGGGACAUGAUGAUGCUGGUGUUGGGCCGUCCGCCACGCUCCUGCAACUUUGUCCAAUGGAGGGACCUCAAGAUUGUUUACAAGAGGUACGCUAGUCUGUAUUUCUGUGCCGGUCUUGAGGACCAGGACAAUGAACUGCUGACCCUCGAGGUGCUACACAGAUAUGUUGAGCUGCUAGAUAAGUACUUUGGUAAUGUCUGUGAGCUGGACAUCAUUUUCAACUUUGAGAAGGCGUACUUCAUCCUGGAUGAGUUCCUUAUGGGAGGAGAAAUUCAGGAAACAUCUAAAGUAGAUGUAGGCAUCUCCCUGGAGGAGGCAGACACGCUCCAAGAGACAAUGGAGGAAUAUAUGAAUAAACCUACCUACUGAGCCAAAGCAAUGAGGGUGAUUCACUUGAUGUCAUAUCAGUGCUUGUCGUUGAAUAUAGUUAAUAUAUUUCAGGUUAAUGCAGGUUAUUUCAGGUAUUCAGCCUAAUUCUGUAACCACUGAUUUUUCAUAUAUUUGGUUAGGACUAAGAAUGUCUUUUAUACCUUAUUUAUUAAUCUCAGGGUUUUAAUAUGACUGAAAAUGACCUUUUUCAAGUUUGUGUGAAUUCAUUUUUUUUCUUAUAAGCACAUUGUCAUAAAUA